UAAACUAACCUAACUUUUUUAAAUGAUCAAUUUCUGAUUUAUUAUAAAAGUAUUAAGAAAUAUAAUCAUGGAAGAAGAUUAUGAAUCGGCGAAAAAGCUGUUAGAGGAGUUAAGAAAAAAAUAUUGUCCUGAUACUUCUAAAGAAGAUAAAAAGAAGAAAGAAAAAGAUGAAUCAGAUAAAAAUGCGCAACUUUAUAGUGAUCUUAAAGAAAAAUAUUCUUUUGGCCCAUUAACUUCCUCUACAACUCAAAAAGGAGAACAAAAAAGUAAUAAAAUUAAAAGCAAAUCAAAGUUAAAACAAUCUAGUUCAAAAAGUAACGAAGGUGAUAUUAGAAAGAUAUCAAUAACUAUAGACAGUAAUGUUAUAAAUAAAUUUGGCCAAGAUAUCUUGGGGAAACUACAAGACGCAGAAAUAUUUUCUAAAAUUACAACACAAGAUCAACUAUUUCCUGGAUUAAUCACCUGGGAAUAUUCUCCAGCAUUAAUAGAUGAUGACAAAGACAUAAACGAUGUAAUAUUAAUUCUGAAUUGGGAUGAACUAUUAUCUCACAUAAAAUCAUCUAAUUUACUUAACUACAUUAGUUCUAUACAAGAUAUUUUAACAAAUAAAACUAUAUAUUUAGGAUUAUUAGGGAUUGAUGAUUACUUUAAAUAUUGGAAAUCCCAAAAAGCUGCUCAAAGAACAGUUUCUGAAUACCAAGAUAGCAUUCAAGUAACCCGAAACGAACUCGAAAUGGCUUUAACUGAACUCCAAUUAGCAAAUAAUUGCUGUUAUCGCAAUCUAAAUUCAUCACAAGACCUAAUUGAUUUAGUUUUACAAUACACCAAAUCGAUAGUUCAACUUCCGGAGAAGUUAGAGAAAAGUAAUAAAUACAAAGAUUAUGAUUUCAACAUAUUAAAAGUGAAAAAAGAUUCGGUUUCUGUGGAUAAAGAUGGAAACGGCCUACAAAGACUUUGGCAACAUCAACUAACAAUGUUCGAAAUGGCCCGAUUAGAAACUGCAGAAGCUAUAGUUGGGAAAUUUCCGACCCCAUCAGCUUUAUACGAGGCUUGUAAAGAUUUAUCGAAAGAUGAGGGACAUAAAUUAAUUGAAGAAAUUCCAAUUCGACGUGCAGCUGGACCACAUAUUUCAACAAAGAAAGUUGGACCUAAAUUAAGCAGUAAAGUUUAUACGUUUUUUAAUUCAAUUAAUGGUGACGAUGUAUUAUAAAAAUGAUGAUUUAAUUUUGAAAUAAAUUUAAUUAGUCGCGC